UUUCAUCUUCAGAAAUGGAUUUUAAUUCUUCGUUUUCACACCAAAGUCUAGAAUCCCAUCUCAACUCUUGGGAAGCGUUGUUUUCGUUCAACAACAAUGCAACAAAUGAAUCGUCCUUAUCGUUACAAGAGCAGACCUCUGAUAUCACAGACGAUGGUUCAAACCCACAGACGAAGAAAGAGAGGAGACCCUAUAGAGGAGUAAGAAGAAGGCCAUGGGGAAAAUUUGCAGCAGAAAUACGAGACCCUACAAGAAAUGGUGUUCGAGUAUGGAUUGGAACAUUUGACACUGCUGAAGAAGCUGCUUUAGCUUAUGACCAAGCAGCUUUCUUGACAAGGGGUGUUCUUGCUACCCUUAACUUUUCGGCACAAGUGGUUGUGGAGUCCCUCCAAGACAUGGGUUUCAAGGCACUCAGAAAUGGUGUCUCACCCUUGUUGGAACUGAAAAGGAUGCACGUGAUGAGAACGAAAUCUAGAGCUAGCAGGGUUAAAAGGGGUUGCAGCAAAUUGAAACCGGAUCCUACCGCUGAAACUGUGUUGGUCUUGGAGGAUUUGGGUCCUGAAUACCUAGAGCAACUUUUGACCUUCACUUCCCCUGGUUCUUGCUGCUGAAUUUCUGGAUGUUUCAAACAACGAAACCUUAUUCAUUUAAACUCAUUCAUUCAUAGCUUGUUUAUUCUUUAGGUCCUCUCCUUUGUUAAUUCUUUUAUUUUCUCCUUUCCAUUUUGCAUU